AUGUCCGGCCGUGCCGUUUCGAACUCUCAACAUGCCCAACGGCCCUUCAGUUCCGGCCACCAACUCUAUCGCGAAGUCCCUGAUUUGCACGCUGCGUCUUCCCCCUCUCACAGCGCACUAAUGGAUACCUCACACUUCGACGAUUUCGCGUUCGCCUACCAAGGCCUUCCCGACCAAGCCUCUCUGAAUUCUCUAGCAGAUCACACACACCCGUCGCAAUCUCCCACGGCGUUCCCUCAACACCAGGCCAUGUCUGGUCUUACGCAUAACGGUCUGCCAUUUGGCGCCUUAUCUGCAGGUAACCGAAGCCAGAGCAUGGAUGGUUCCGAUGCACCACCAGACCGAACAUCUCCCGCAUCCAACGCCCUCGAAGAUUCUACCACUGAUGAAUUUGGGCUGGCUUCUCGUAACCGUGCUGAUGGGACCGAUCUAGGUGGUAAGCCUAAGGAGGAUAAAGCGGAUGCCACACCCGCUUGGAGUGAACUCAAGACCAAGGCUGGCAAGGAACGAAAACGCCUCCCGCUCGCCUGUAUCGCAUGCCGCCGAAAGAAGAUCCGAUGUUCGGGCGAGAAACCUGCCUGUAAACACUGUCUGCGGUCACGUAUCCCAUGCGUCUACAAGGUCACGACUCGGAAGGCGGCGCCUCGAACAGAUUACAUGGCUAUGCUCGACAAGCGAUUGAAACGUAUGGAAGAACGCAUCAUCAAAGUCAUACCAAAAUCAGACCAGGAAGUCGCAUCAUCAGUAACCCGUGCUGUUGUCAAACCAGCAAUACCAGGAACUGUACCUUCCAAUAAAUCUACAAAAAAGCGUGGUGCUGAAGAAGCUUUCGGACCUGACCUGGAAGCGUGGGCCAAGGCUCCUUCGAAGCCCAAACCUGAUGGCGAUGAUAGGCCCAGCAGCUUACAAGUCCAAGAAACAGAGGAGAACAAGUUGCAGCAUGAAGGGACCGAAGCUCUUCCCUCCAAGGAGAUACAGGAGCAUCUCGCAGAGGUGUUUUUCGACAACAUAUAUGGCCAAUCCUACCAUCUUCUCCACAAACCAAGCUAUAUGCGAAAGCUAAAAAAUGGAACAUUGCCCCCAGUGCUUGUUCUCACAGUGUGCGCUGUGGCUGCUCGGUUUACGUCAAACCCACUAGUGAGCUCUUCAGGGCCCGAGUUCUUACGCGGUGAAGAAUGGGCGUCACACGCUCGAGAUAUUUGCACCAGACGAUACGAAUGGCCAAACCUCACAAUCUUAACAUGUCUCCUCAUUUUGGGCCUACACGAAUUUGGAACGUGUCAAGGUGGCCGUAGCUGGGCUCUGGGCGGACAAGCUAUCCGAAUGGCUUUUGCUCUUCAGCUUCAUAAAGACUUGGAGUACGAUCCUUCGGGCCGUACUGGCACCAAAAAGCAGCUCAGUUUCAUUGAUCGAGAAAUUCGACGACGCAUAAUGUGGGCUUGCUUCCUUAUGGAUCGCUUCAACUCUUCUGGCACGGAUCGGCCUAUGUUCAUUAGGGAGGAUACCAUUCAAAUUCCACUGCCAGUGAAGGAGAAAUACUUCCAGUUCGACAUGCCCGCCCCUACUGAGAUGUUGGAUGGUCAAGUGCCUCAUCCGGCGACACCCAAUGAUGGACAACUUGCUGAUGCACGAGAGAACAUGGGGGUCGCGGCCUUCCUCAUUCGGGCUAUUGCCUUAUGGGGCCGAAUCAUCACAUACCUAAGUCAAGGGGGAAAGGACCUCGACCCUAAUCCGAUGUGGGAAGACGAGUCUCACUACGUGAAGCAUCUCAAUGAUGUUGUGGGCCUCGAAGCUAGCCUACCUCUGACACUUAAAUACUCUGCAGAGAACCUCGAAGUCCACAAGACGGAGAACACGGCAAGCCAGUUUCUUUUCAUGCAUAUCUGUCUGCAGCAUAACAUACUAUUUGUGAGCCGGGCCGCUAUAUCAGCACGAAAACAACAGAGCGCACAUGAUAAUUUCUUCUCUGAAGCGAGCAAGCGCACCUUUAACGCCGCAAACCGGAUAUCCGAGCUUCUUCGCGAAGCUGAGCAGUCCAGAUGCUUUGUCUCGGCACCCUUCGCUGGCUACUGUGCAUUUUCCUCGACGACAGUUCAUAUUCUAGGUGUUAUCUCUGGCAACCCCUCUAUCAAACCAACAGCGGAGACGAAUCUGACAACCAACGUUAAGUAUCUUCACAAAAUGAAGAAGUAUUGGGGCAUGUUUCACUGGAUGGUUGAGAAUGUUCGCACUCAGUAUCGAAAUGCCUUGGACUCCAUGAGGGCUGGAGCAAAUCUUCAAGAGCGUGCCACGCAGUCAUCCUUUCUCCAGUACGGCGACUGGUUUAACCGUUACCCGCAUGGCCUUUCUGACGCCGAGUUCAUGGACCCUCUCACUCACAAGCGGAAAGACUCAGGGGCAGAUGGCGUCCUCGAAGCAAAGCCGGAGCUACAAUCAGUGGAAGAAUACUUCUCCACGCUUCCAACACCACAGAGCAUUGAGAACAAGGAUACAAUUCGUGCAGCAGCACCUAAACGAAAGCAUGCCGGAAAGAAACAAGCCGGUUUGCCAGUGCCGCCCGGUCAGCAUCUUGAGUCCUUGCACGGCACCGACUCGGAGCCUGUCGCCGGAGUGGGGGCACAGAACCGCAGAUUCUCGGGUGCUUUAGGACUACAGACAAGUAGUCCAGCUGCUUUCAAUCCUCUCACAGUAUCGAAUCCACAGAAUCCAACUUUCAGCACGGCCAUGUCACCUAUGAGCCCGGCCAAUAUGGCUGCAUUUUCCCACCAUGCGCACACUCCGACGUUCUUCCCACCCGAGCUAUUUGCGAUGAACUUUGGCCAGGGCUCCAGUGGAAACAUCGACCCGCUUGAUCGUCAGCUUGUUUUCGGUGGGUACUCAAUGGAUGCUACGACGGGUCUGGGUGAACAAGAUAUGAUGGGUGGUAUCGAUUGGGAUACCGUUGCCUCAGGUGCUCAGCAGGAUGGAGGCUUACCGGGCAGACGACCUGCAGUCAAGACGAACAUGACAGGUCAAGCGACUGGUAUGACUGACGGGGCGGGACCAGGUGGACCAGAAGCAUCGUCCGCCUGGUUCAUGCCUUUCAACAUGGAGCCUCCAGAGAUGAGCCAAGAUCCUGGCUUCAAUAUGGGUGGAAUUGAUCCUUUCACGGGAGUGUUUGGCGGAGGCAGUGGUUUGGCGACACCGAGUGCAAUGGGUGGGCUACAGCAACAGGGUCCUUAG